AGAAAUUAUCAACAGAAUUGAAAGUUACAAUUGCUGAUUUGCAUACUAUAAAUUAUCUCUAAAUAACUUUAGGUGCGCACAGCUCGACUGUGUGGACAUUUAUGGAACAUAAUUAUCAAGUAGUGCACUCCAUGAUGGGAACGUUUCAUCACGCGGUUAUUUACAGUAACACACCGCUCGCAGUAGUCAGAAGAAAGAUGGCGGCGCCCGUGAUGCAAACAUGCCAUGUUGCAUGUUGUGCAAAUCGAACCCCAAAUGUUCUUUCGUGGGGUCGUGGGGGUCUCAUAGCAUACGGAACAUGUCAUUCGGUCGCUGUUUAUGACCCAAAGGAAAAAAUUGUUGUCGCUGUCCUGAACGGACACACCGGCAGGGUGAAUACCGUUGAGUGGGUACACAGACAAGAUUGUGAUGCUGAAACCCACCUUGUGUCAGGAGGGUCAGAUAACUGUGUUAUACUCUGGGAGGCUCAAGAUGGCAAGUUUGCCAAGGCUGUGGAGUGCACAGGCCACACAGGGCCUGUGUGUUCAGUUGAUGCUGUCCACCUGGACCAGACCCAGAUCCUCAUCGCCUCCACUGCAUCUGACUCCUCAGUCAGACUCUGGCUCAGCAACAGGACUGAAGCUGAAUGCAUCCAUACCAUAUCAUUCGGUAGCGGGUUCAUGAUGGAUGUCUCACUGGCACUGUUGCCAGGCAGCAGAGUUCCCAUACUGGCCUGCGGUGGUGACGACUGCAAGGUCUAUUUGUAUGUGCAAUCGAAUGGACAGUUUCAGAUGGCUCUGUCGUUGCCAGGACAUGAUGACUGGAUAAGAGGCCUGGAGUGGUCUUCUCCCCUAGAGGGGGAGCUGUUGCUAGCCAGCUGUUCUCAGGACAGUCUGAUCAGGGUGUGGAAGCUGUGUGUCAAGUCUGGCUCCGAGAGAGACGUGCAAGGUGAUCCCACCAUCAUCAAGAUGAAACAGGAUGUUUUCACAGUGACGAGGAGAGAUGUCUCCUCAGCCUAUGCUGUGUCUCUGGAGACAGUCCUGGCUGGCCAUGAGAACUGGGUCUAUGGAGUCCACUGGCAGCCUCCUGUCACCAAAGGUGGUGCGCUGCGCCAACCUCUGAGUCUGCUGUCAGCCUCCAUGGACAAGACCAUGAUCCUCUGGGCUCCGGAAGAGGAGGGGGUGUGGGUGGAGCAGGUGCGUGUUGGGGAGGUCGGAGGCAACACACUGGGGUUCUACGGUUGUCAGAUGAGCCCGGAUGGGUCCAUGAUCGUGGCCCAUGCCUUCCAUGGGGCCCUGCAUCUCUGGUACCAGGACCAGAACCAGCACCAAAAGGGAGAGUGGAGGCCGGGGGUGGUGAUCUCAGGACACUUCAGCGGGGUUCAGGACCUAAGCUGGGACCCCGAGGGAGAAUUCCUCCUUAGCGUGGGUCUGGACCAGACCACCAGACUGCUUACCCCCUGGAGGAGGGGGGGACGCACAAAGACCACCUGGCAUGAGAUCUCACGACCCCAGAUCCAUGGUUACGACAUGCAGUGCCUGGCCAUGGUCGGGAGGUUCCAGUUCGUCUCCGGGGCGGACGAGAAGGUCCUCCGAGUUUUUCGUGCCCCACGCAACUUUGUGGAGAACUUCGCCAACAUAUCUGGCAACCCGCUGGAGAAGCUGCUAGCCUCUAGUGACACUGCAGAGCUUCCAGAAGGUGCUAGCACACCAGCACUAGGCCUGUCCAACAAAGCUGUGUUUCAAGAUGAUCUCACGUCAAAGACCUAUCAGGAAGGUGAGCCGGGGUUCAGCAGUGUCUCUGACCAAUACCAGGAGUCCUAUUUCCACCCUCUCACCCUCAAUGAACCCCCACCUGAAGACCACCUCCUUCAGAACACACUAUGGCCCGAAGUCCAGAAACUGUAUGGACAUGGCUUUGAGAUGUUCUGUGUAGCCUCUGACAGCUUGAAGACGGUGGUGGCCUCCGCGUGUAAGGCAUCAAAGGCGGAGCAUGCGGCCGUGCUGCUCUGGAGCGCCUCCUCCUGGAGACAGCUGCAGGCACUUCCCUGCCACACCCUCACCAUCACCCAGAUGGCCUUCUCCCCCGACGCACACUUCCUGCUGGCCGUGUCCCGCGACAGGACCUGGUCGCUGUGGCAACGGGACCAGCCCCCACCCGGAGAAGACGCAGAACCCCAUUUCUCCCUGUACACACACACGGGGAAGGACACAGCGGUACACACACGCAUUAUCUGGUCAUGUGACUGGAGUGCGGACAGCAAGUACUUUGUGACGUCCAGUCGCGACAAGAAGGUCAUGGUGUGGGGUGAGUGCAGUCCAGAGGCCAGUGCCAGUCCACCUGCCAUCCGGCCCUGUUCCUCCAUCUUGGACGUUGGGGAUGCAGCCACUGCUGUGUCUUUCUGCCCCAUUCCCUGCUCCGACCACAGCUACCUGUUGGCUGUGGGUCUGGAGUGUGGCAGGAUCCUGCUGUAUCGCUGGACACCCCCUGAGGACCCUGCUGAGAACAGAGGGGCAGACUGGAUCCGACAUGGGGAGACAAACGCCUUUCAAAGUCACACCUUGGCAGUGAAGAGGCUUCGCUGGAGGCCGAGGGGGGGGCUGGCUGGGGUGGUCGGGGGCACAGCCACUGGAGAGGAGAGCCCCUGGGUCCAGCUAGCCAGUGCUGGAAAUGACCACACUGUCAAAAUCUUCAACGUCAACAGACUGGUUCUAUAGGACACAGGAUACUGACAGUGUACACACACACACACAAGGCUGUCUCUCCACACAGGACACUUCAAUUAGUCAAGCAGUUAUGUUCCACAAAUGUAUGUAUAUAUCUAAAUAAAUAAUUUUGUAUGGAUGAUACGGGUGGGAAUCUUUUGGUACCUCACGAUUUGAUUCGAUUGUUGGGGUCACGAUUGCAGCAUGACAUGCUGUAUUGGACAGUUAAUUGAAGUGUGACAGGAAAAGAAUGGAGCGGGAGGAAGACAUACAGAAAAGGGUGAAGGCUGGAUUUGAACCCAGGCUGUUGUGGUACUUACCCAGCUUUCAGAGCACGCACACUAACCCAGUGAGCUAACAGGGGAGCCCUGCUUUCUUCUGGUUUUCUGACACCCCAACUCUGCAGGUUGUUACAACUAGAUAGUUCAAUGUCAAAUGUAAAUGUCGAGUGGAGAUUAUGAUCCCUGAUAGCUCAGUGGUUAAGGAUGUGGGCUAUUGUGUGAGGGGUCUUGUGUUCAAAUCUGGCUGAAGGAACUUAUUACUCUUUGACUUAUAAAUAAAACUCGACUUAUA